AUGUACAAAAAAAACGAAUGGAAAAAAUUUUUCAAUGAGAACAAUAUUCCUAAAUACAAUGAAAACAAUUGGUUUUUUUCUAGUUUAACCAUCACAGAAUUUUUGGAAGUUAAAAAAUCUGAAUUAGAUACAUCAUUAGAGAUACUCAAAGAUAUUCUUAGUGAUAAUAAAAAUACAUUUAAAUCUCUACCUGAAGAUUAUGAAAAAAACAAAAUAAAUAAUUUAAAAGAUAAUUUUUUACCAUGUGGAGCAAAACAAAUUGAUCUUAGAAAAGCGAUAUCCGAUAAAAGAAAUACUUUUAGAUACAAAAUCAAUGAACUUAAUAACGAAUUUGAUAAUGAUAGACUUGAUCUAACCAAAUAUCAAAAAACAUUAAAAUCUAUCAUUGAAAUUGAAGAAAUAGUAUUUGACAAAUGGAAAAAUAGAGUUACACCUGAAUUCUUAAACAAAUUUUUAGAUCAAUUUUUACAAAGAGAAGGAAAUAAAAAUCUCAAAGAAAAAGAUCUUGAAAAUUGGUUAAAAGGUGAAGAUCCUGGUCCUAAUGAAAAUAAAUUAAAUGGAUACUCUUUAAUUGAUAAACCAAAAGAAAAAAUAAAAAUAGCUGAAAUAAAAAACAAUAAAUUCACUAGAAAAAUCAUUAAUGAUUUUGAAAUAAGUAGUUGUGAAGUACUAGAAAAAGAAAAAGAACUUGAUAAAUCAUUAGCUGGAACAUAUCAAUUACCUUAUGUUUUCAAUCUGAUAGAUUUUCAUCCUGACAAAUUAAAAGAUGAAAAAAAUAAUUAUAACCUUGAAAAAUUUGCUAAAAUAAAAGAAAUCACUCUAAAAGGAAAAUUAGGUAAAAUAAAACGUACAGUAUUAAAUUACGAUGGACCUGGAAUUUUACCUAUAUUAACAAGUAGAGGUAAAACAACUAAAUUAGUAAGAUAUUUGUUAACUUGUAUAUUUCCAGGUAAUCAUAUCAUAUUAGUAACACCAAACGAAGAAUUAGCUGCAGAUACUGAAAAUCAUCAUAAAGGAUGGUUACAAUAUACUAAUAAUAUGCCAUAUAAAUGUGUUAUUCAUGGAAAGGAAGGUGUAUUACCUUACACAGUAAAAAAUGGAAGUCUUGCUUCAUGGAUCAAUGAUAAUAAAAGAAAAACAGUAAUUGAUAAUAGUAAUGAUUUUCUCGAAAUGAUUGAUUAUAGAAGAGAAACUAGUAGUGAAAUUGGUAAAUCGACAUUAUCUAUAUUACAAUUACAUCAUCUAGUUAGAUAUAUAGCAUGUGAAAAAGUUAAUAUUGAUGAACUAAAAGAUCCUAAAAAUCGUUAUAAAGAUUUUGAAAAAGCUGUAUUAGAAAUAAAAGAAAAAUUGAUCAAUAAAGAAAAUACCAUAAUCAUAUUUGACGAAUCUCAUUUUCCAAAUACAAGUUAUCAAGUAAUACAACCAUUAGUAAUAAUGAUGGAUUAUAAAGUUUUGGUCAUGAAAAAAACACAAAUUUUUUUCAGAACAACUGGUGAUGAAUAUCAUAGAAAAUCAAAUGGUGAAGAAGAUAGAAAAAGACCAUUAUUAAAAUCAGGAUUAGAUCCUAAAAAAUUAAAAAUGUUGGAAGAUAGUGAUAUUCUUUAUGUAAUAUUCGAUAAUACAAAUUCUUCUACUAUAUCUGGUAUAACUGAAGGAAUGCCACCUGGAUCUAUUUUCAUUGCAAAUAUAAAUCAUGAAAUAGGAUUUACCCCAGAUAUCGAUAACGUAAUAUUAACUGGUGAAACACAACUAAGUAAAUUAGGUGUAGGAUCUGGUGCUGGUCGUGUUGGUCGUAUCAAACCCAGAAAAGCAUUUUUAACAACACAAAGGUUGGAAAAUCCAACACCUGGUAAUGAUAUCGUAUAUUACUUAAUCAAUGCUAUGAUGAAUAAAUCAUCUACAAAUCCUAUGAAACCAUUAAAUGAAGCAGAUCGUCCAUCAGAAGCUGUUGUAAUUGGAUUAAGUGGAGAUCCCAAACCAAGUUCUGUUAUUCCACAACAAAUUUGUCCAAUAUAUAAU